AGAAAGUACCAUAUCCACAUUAUGUUGGUGGGGAAGUAAGUGUUUAUGAUCAUGUUGAUGCUAAUGGCUUGGUGCUCUCUCAGUUGCGGACUAUGUGUGAGUAUGCUUCUGGGAACAAUGGGGGAACCAAGUUUUACUCCAUUUAUGAGAGAGAUGAUGCUGAUCUGGAGGAGGUGAUUACUGAGGCAAAAGUGCAACAGUUAGUCAGGGAUGCUUUGGCUGGGGAUAGACUUCUCAUAUUAUAUGACUAUCCCAUCGAGACGGUAGCUGAUGAUACGACUGCUGAUGAUGUGGUCAGUGAAAGUGAUACUGAUAGUAGUGAUGGUGACUGGGAUGAAAGAGAUACUGAGUAUGAAGAGGGAGAAAGUGGAAAUGAGUAUGAUGAUGAUAAUGAUCUUGGAGGGGGUGAGCAAGGGGGUGCAAUUGAUAAACCUUCAUCAUUAGUUGUUGCUGGUAAACAGAAACCACUGAUAAAUUACAAGUACGAUGAGGGGAACUAUGACAAGGAUAGUGGAUCUGAAGUUGAAUCGGAUUCUGAGGAAGACCUAGAAAGUUUACAGAGCUCGGAUGAAGAUGUGGCAGAGAAACCAUUGGUGUUUCACCCCCAGGUUAUGGAAAAACCACCCCUUCAAUGUGGAUUGACAUUCAGUUCAGGGCAGGAAUGCAAGGAAGCAAUUCGGCGCUAG